AUGUUAAUUGGAGAUUUUAAUGCCAAAGUUGGUAGCAAACAAGAUGAAGCGGAAACUUCAGUCAGCUAUCAUGGAUUGGGAAGCCGAAACGAAAGAGGUGAUACACUGAUAGAUUUCGCACACCACAACAAAUUAUAUAUAAUGAACACCUUCUUCAAGAAAAGAAACAGCAAAAAGUGGACAUGGACCAGUCCAGAUAGCAAAACCAAAAACGCAAUAGAUUUCAUAAUCAGCAAUAGAAAAGAUGUAAUCAAAGACGUAAGUGUAUUAAACAGAUUUUCGAUAGGAAGCGAUCACCGCAUUGUAAGAGCCGAGAUAAAAAUAAAUAUAAAGAAGGAAAGAACUAACAUGAUACUCAAGAAAAACCACAAGGAAUGGGUUGCCCCUGAAAAUAAAGAUUCUUAUAAGGAAUGUAUAGCCUCAAAUCUAAAUUAUGAAAAUACUAAUACGAUAGACGAAAUAUACGAAAACAUCAAAGGGGCCACUCAAACAGCUAUCGAAAAAUUUUGUCCCAAAAAAGUAAAAGAACAAAAACUGAAUCAAAGAACAGAACUUUUAAUGAAACAGAGAAGAGAUAUGGAGGACAAGAGUACACAAGAAUAUAGAACUUUAAAUAGAGAGAUACCCAAAGAAAUCAGAAAGCAUAGGAGGCAACAGAAUACGGAAAAAAUUAGGAACGUCAUAGAGAAGAAUCAAAGUUUGAAGGUAUUGAGAAAUAGUACAAUGGGAAGAAAAGAAAUACAAAAGAUCAAGGAUAUGCACGGCAACAUAGUAACACACAAACAGGAAACCUACACUCUAUUAAACUUUUCUAUCAAGAACUUUACACAUCAAAACAGCAGGGGAUCAGAACCGACAUCCGAAAGUUACUGUCGUGGCGCCCCUCGCAUCCUGCGCCCCGUGCGGCCGCCCGGGUCGCCCGGCCCUUCCGCCGGCCCUGAUGUUCAACAGAUUAGAGACUUAGUAGUACGAGUAUAG